AGCACUGUCAGAAACAACGGACUACGGUCAGAACAAGACACCGGACAUCUCCUCCUGGCGUCAACUCUUUCGAAGCUGUCGGAUUCAUUUCAAAUUCACGAUAUAGAGUUUAGAAGUUUUUUCUUUCUAAAUUUUCUUUCUUCUAAUUCAUUUUUUUUCUUAAGAAAAGCAUUCACCCCCGGACUGUUUUGGUGGGAGCGUAACGUUACAGCCGAGACUCAUCUGACUGAUGCAAACAGUACAUGAGUUAUGAAGACUUACUGGAUUCUUGCACUAUUUCUAACUGGUGUUUCUUCCAUUACUGUGGUGCUGUAUCAGCCAGCAUCACUUCCCUGCUGCAGCGGUGAAAAAGUCGUGUGGAGGAAGACUUUCCCCAUAGAAGCAACUGUUGCUGAAUGCCUAAAGCAGAAAUGCAUCAUAAAAGACCUUUUUCAAGAAAGAUUUUCAGUCAAGCGUGAAAAAAACCACCCUCUAUUUCUCAAAGCAGCUAAAUACAAUGACCUGGGGCAAUACGAGUGCAGCUGUGAUGGCUUUAUCAAGCUAAUUAAACUGGAUGUUGUAGUUCCUAUGAACAUGACGGUUGAGGAGUUGGGAAACGUCACUCUUCCGUGUUAUGCGGACACUCAAAGCGGUGUCAGGGAUGUGACGUGGCUGCAUAAUGAACAAAGAGCUCUGCACUACACAACAAACAGAGCCUCAAUCCCAGGCCUGGGCUAUGAGGAGAGAGUAUCGCUGACAGAGGACGGGUUCAGAGACGGUGAUGUGUCUCUGACCAUCACUGGUGUCCAUCAGACAGAUGCAGGAUUAUACCGCUGCUUCGUUCGAGACGAGACGGAUCGAGGAUACCCACACGCCUACAUGCUGCAUGUGAUCAAGAAGCUCACCGGCGCAGAAGAAGACCAAAAUGAGAGAACCUGUGGAGAAAAACGAACUCGCAUUGGACUGAUCUUUUCUUUCCUACUCUUCAUUUGCUUUCUUAUUCUUCUUCUUUUCUGCUGUAAAAAGGCGGCAUGACCAACACAGGAACCUCCAGAGAGCAAGUCUGUACAGAAGAGUGACCAAAAGCAAUCAACCCACCCUUUUCUUCUGAAGAAGACACUUGUAUGAGCUGACAAACCUGAGGACUGCAGUCGUUCUAAUAAUAAAACCCCUGACGCCAGUCAAACACAGGAACAUGAUUGUUAGAGUGUCUGCUUUUUUAAUGCCUCUGUCAUCUUGGGACACAGAAUGGUUUGAACACGGUUAUGUUUCAUUGUGUGAGU